UUGACUACUCGUGUCCAUGGCACGUUAGCCCCGCCUGCCUGCGAGGCUCGGUUUUGAACCCUCUCUAGAAGUCUGUCCUUUCCUUUCUUUGAGGUUUGAGAAAUCAAUGGAGGUGUGAAAGGUUGGCGGGAUUACACAGAGACCAUCAGGUUCGUCCUCAUGCCAGGUCACCAGAUGAGAGUUGUAUAGUAGAGGGCUGAGGGGAAUUGUGCUGCACUGACUAGGAGCGCAGUUCACAGCCCUCCGGGUGCUCUCCUCUGUGUUCAGUCUGCCUCAGGGUGGACAAGCUUCCCACUGUUCAGUAGGAGAGGUUGCCCUGAGUCAUAGAAACAAUGAUGGUGGCCAAUGCCAAGUCAGGCUCAGCCAUGCAGCAGGUGCUGGAUAACCUGAGGGACCUGUCCCCAACCACGGGUGCCAAAGACAUCGACCUCAUCUUCCUCAGAGGCAUCAUGGAGAGCCCCAUUGUCCGCUCCCUCGCCAAGGCCCAUGAGCGUCUGGAGGAUGUGAAGCUUGAGGCAGUAAGGGACAAUAACCUUCAGCUGGUGACCGAGAUCCUGGACUCGCUGAGCGGGUUGACGGGGUGUGACACAGGUGCGGCCGAACUUGCCAAAAUCCUUCAGGAACCUCACUUCCAGUCUUUGAUCGAGGCCCAUGACAAGGUGGCCGCUAAGUGCUAUGAGAUGCCACACAAGGAAGUUAACAACGAGGCCAUGGUGACCAGCAUGAUCAUACCAGUUGACGCUGUCAGGAUGAUUGGGAUCCAGAAGAAGGCAGGGGAGCCCCUGGGCGUGACGUUCCGGGUGGAGCGGGGUGAACUGGUCAUCGCGCGGAUCCUGCACGGCACCAUGAUUGACCGGCAGGGAAUGCUGCACGCUGGCGACAUCAUCCGUGAGGUGAAUGGGCGCGAGGUGGGCAGCAACCCCAAGGAGCUGCAGGAGCUGCUGAAGCACAGCAGCGGCAGCAUCACCCUCAAGAUCCUGCCGAGUUACAGAGACACGCCAGCGCCCCCGCAGGUUUAUCUGAAGCCGCAUUUCAACUACAACCCAGCCACGGACAGCCUGAUCCCUUGCAAGGAGGCCGGCCUGGCGUUUGCCAAAGGAGACAUCCUCCACAUUGUCAACAAGGAGGACCCCAAUUGGUGGCAGGCAUGUAACCUUGCAGUAGGAGCCACAGGACUGAUCCCCAGCCAGUUCCUGGAGGAGAAGAGGAAAGCGUUUGUGCGGCGAGACUGGGAAAGCUCAGGGAUUCUCUGCGGGACACUUACUGGAAAGAGGAAGAAAAAGAAAAUGAUGUACCUGACGGCAAAGAAUGCAGAGUUUGACCGGCACGAGCUGCAGACCUACGAGGAGGUGACCAAGAUGCCGCCUUUCCAGAGGAAGACGCUGGUUCUGAUCGGAGCACAGGGGGUCGGUCGGCGGAGCCUGAAGAACAGGCUGACCGUGAUCAACCCCCUACGCUACGGCACCACCGUCCCCUUCACGUCGCGUCUGCCCCGCGAGGAGGAGAGGAACGGCCAGUCGUACUGCUUUGUGACCCGGUCAGAGAUGGAGGCAGACAUCAAAGACAGCCAGUACCUUGAGCACGGAGAGUACGACGGGAACCUGUACGGCACCAAGAUCGACUCCAUCCAUGAGGUGGUGGACACCGGCCGAACCUGCAUCCUCGACGUCAACCCCCAGGCUCUGAAAGUGUUAAAAACGGCUGAAUUCAUGCCAUAUGUGGUGUUCAUUGCUGCCCCAGAGCUGGACACACUGCGAGCUAUGCACAAGGCUGUGGUGGACGCAGGACUGACCACCAAGCUGCUCACGGAGACGGAUCUGAAGAAGACGGUGGACGAGAGCGCCAGGAUCCGGCGGGCCUACAGCCACUACUUUGACUUGACCAUCGUCAACGACAACCUGGACAAGGCCUUCGAGAAGCUGCAAGAGGCCGUGGAACAGCUGUCUCUGAUGCCCCAGUGGGUCCCAGUCAGCUGGGUCUACUGAGCCAGCCAGCUGCUACUACCCCCCCUGCUGGUGGACACAAACGGCCCCGACCGCAGGGCCUGGGACGGGGGUCCUCCCCAGAAGAGAGGGGGUGUAAAAGCACACUUACUGGGUGUUCGACCCCUAGGCUGUGGAGCCCAGGCUUGACCUGCUCCAAACCAACAGACAUGCCCCCCUGUACACUAUGCAACUUGGUUCACAUUACACAGAAAGUGUACUUAUUUAUUUGAAUUUUUUUUUUUUUUUUUUUUUUUAUAACUUAAAAUCCGUUCACUAACAUGGAUCGGAGAGGAACUAGUAUCAUGCUGUUAAGGUGUUUUAAAAUGUUCAAUUGUAUUGCUGUUACUCCUAACAACUAUAUAAUACUUGAUUUUAAUUGAUGAUUAAUUAUCAUUUUAGGACAUACAGUUAUAUAUAUUUAUUCUUGCAAAGGUGAGGAGGGCUUGCUUUAGAAGGAUACCUCAGUUUUACUCUGUUUACAGUGCAAGACAUCAUACAGUGCUUCAUCUCAUUGUCUCACUACCCCGACCAUGUAAAACAUCUAAUACCUGUCAUCAAGUCCUCCUUCAACUAUUGAAGCCAUAUCCUGAAACAUCUCUAUCUUUAAGGCAAAACUUUGAAGGGCUUAGACAGAUACAUAACUACCAUAUCAUAACAUGACCUUGUUUUGGUCCUUAAGAAGUCAUUCAAGGCUUAUGUAUUAUAUUUAUAUCUUAAAAUGUUUUGGUGUUGCUAGACUGUCACUGGUUUCAGAACCAUUGGCAUGUCUACCUGCUGGGUCAGUAUUUUGUCUACCAUUUGGGUCAGUACUUUGUGUAAAUGUAUGUUUUAGACUGUCACCACAGUAGGUAUGGUGCUGUGUUUGAGUUGGUUUGGGAAAACAAUUUCCAGAAGAUUUUUUACAGGGUACUGCAUCUCAGAGAACCAUCCCAUUUGAUGUGAUGUUACUGAAACUUAACAGUUCUUAACAAUAGCCAUAUCAACCUACAAGUAUAUAUAUAUAUUUUACAGUUACAACAGAAAAAAACUUGUAUUUUCAAAUGUGUCAAUAAAUUAACUAGUGUUUUUUUUCUAAUGAACUAAACAUUUUCUCAUUGUUUUACAUCAAACUUAUUUUACCGUAAAAACUUUAAACCUU